AUGGAAGCAGUUGACACCCCAGCAGGAGAGGAUUUUCUGCAGCAGAAACCAAUUGUUUAUGAAGGCCAAGACAAGAACCCAGAGAUGUGCCGAGUGCUGCUGACACAUGAGAUCAUGUGCAGUCGGUGCUGUGACAAGAAGAGCUGUGGAAACCGUAAUGAGACACCCUCAGACCCCGUUAUCAUCGACAGAUUUUUCCUCAAGUUUUUCCUUAAGUGCAACCAGAACUGUCUAAAGAACGCAGGAAACCCACGAGACAUGAGACGGUUCCAGGUGGUUGUGUCAACUACGGUGAGCGUGGAGGGACAUGUCCUGGCCGUGUCUGACAACAUGUUCGUCCACAACAACUCCAAACAUGGCCGACGGGCCCGCAGGCUUGACCCUGUGGAGGGAACGCCGUCUUACCUCGAACAUGGAGCAGCUCCCUGCAUUAAAGCAAUCAGUCCCAGUGAGGGGUGGACUACAGGGGGCGCUACAGUCAUCAUCAUCGGAGACAACUUCUUUGACGGCCUUCAGGUUAUCUUCGGGACCAUGCUGGUUUGGAGCGAGCUGAUUACGCCGCACGCCAUCCGGGUGCAGACGCCUCCUAGACACAUCCCAGGGGUCGUAGAGGUCACUCUGUCCUACAAGUCCAAACAGUUCUGCAAAGGCACACCGGGAAGGUUUAUAUACACCGCUCUGAACGAACCAACCAUCGACUAUGGCUUCCAGCGGCUUCAGAAGGUUAUCCCUCGGCACCCAGGGGACCCUGAGAGGCUUCCUAAGGAAGUGAUUCUUAAGAGAGCAGCAGACUUGGUGGAAGCUCUCUAUGGAUUGCCUCAUAAUAACCAGGAGAUCAUCCUGAAACGUGCAGCUGAUAUUGCAGAAGCUCUUUACAGCGUUCCACGAGGACACACCCAGCUCUCACAGACUCACACGGGCAUGAUGGGAGUAAACUCCUUCACCGGGCAGCUGUCCGUCAACGUCUCAGAACCCACGCAAGCCAAUCAGGGGUUUGUGCGCAGCAGCAGUAGCGUGUCUCCUCAUGGUUACGUGCCCAGCUCCACACCUCAGCAGACCAGUUACACAUCAGUCAGCAGCACCAUGAACGGCUACACCAACAACGCCGGCAUGACCAACCUCGGAGGCUCGCCCACCUUCCUCAACGGCUCUGCGGCCAACUCGCCUUACGCUAUUGUUCCAUCCAGUCCCACUAUGGCCUCCUCCACUUCUCUACCAUCCAACUGCUCCUCCUCCUCUGGGGUCUUCUCCUUCUCCCCGGCCAACAUGGUGUCAGCGGCAGUCAAGCAGAAGUCUGCCUUCGCUCCAGUGGUCAGACCCUCAUCGUCCCCUCCUCCUUCCUGCACCAGUGCCAAUGGAAACGGACUUCAAGAUCAAACAUUUGUGGACUCUAGCAAGUACUCGACAGCCAGUUCUCUACAAGGCCUGGCCUUCACCUGAACUAUCCCGGGAAUGAUCGUCCCGCCCAUGUAAAAGG